AUGAUUGAAUAUAUGGAGUAUAUUGUUCGCCAAUUUGAAAGGUCUACUGGUUGGAAUCGCGACAAUAGUUACGAGAAUAUUACUGCGACGAGUGAUAAUGUGCUGCAAUUGCAAAUACCGUCUUCCUUCAAUUUGCAGGUAUCAAACCAAUCUACGCCUUAUACAUUUACUACUUUUGAACUAUCAAAUCAUAAGGUUAUAAAUGGAUCAUUAUCGUACUUAUACACUGAUUGUAACGAUAUGAAACAGUUAGUACAGGCGUCGACAGAUAUUCGGUUACAUACAAUGGUCGAUACGUUUCGUUUUAUCAAGCCUUAUUGUGGAAUUGACAGGCGCGCUGCUUUAGAAGCUGCGAAAGGGGAUGAAUUUGUGAAGCACACGUUAUUGUACGGGCGUAUGUACUAUCCUGGAUCAAUCUUAGAGGCCAUGUAUUGCAGGCGUCUGACUCAGCAUAUGCAGUUAGUGCUGAAAGGUCUUUCUUGGGUUAAUCAACCUAGUUUUGUUACAGUGUAUUUACAGAGGGAUACCGGUUCUACUAGUCAGGAGCUAAUAUAUUCCAGUAAUGAAUCGCUUUUGGGUUACAGAUUCCUUCACAACUGUCUAUCAAGCAAAUCAAAACUUUACAAUUCGAUUUACAAUGAUUCUCUGCUUUCUUUUGGGGCAGAAUUUUGGUUAGGAAUUGCUAACAUGCUUCCUGGAUGUUCUACGACGCUACGCUAUUUUACACAUGCCACCAACACCUGUAAGCCGAUUACUUUAACACUCUCUUUUAAUCCACUAUUUGGGCACAUAUCUUCAACCUAUUCGGUUAAGCCAACAUUGGGUUCAACACUAAGUGCAAAAUAUGACUUUAACGUCUAUUCUAUUGAAUCCGACCUAACUUUUGGGUGUGAGUUGUGGAAGAGCUCUUCAGCAUUAAAGCUUUCUGAAAAUCUAGAUCUUACUGCAGCUAAUAGGGUUGAUGCCACCAGUGCAAAGACUGGCAGCGCAACAGGUAAGGAAAUUGCUCGAGCAGAAACGAGAAACACUAAAAGCCAGAAUAUUGCAACGGUGAACAAUGGAAACUUUUUGGAUAAAAUGAACGCUACAAUUUCAUUUUUGGAUAGUGUUCAUAAUGUAAAAUCACCAAUAGAAGAGUUUGCGAAAAUGAUUAAUAAUACCCAAUUUACGAGUGUAUUAAAAUGCAGUAGCAGCAUAAACAAUAAAAACUUAAAAAUACUCUGGGAAGGGAAAUAUAAAGAAAUACUCAUAUCAGCUGGAGCUGAGUUAACUAACCUCCCAUUAGAUGCACCUAAAACACUAAGUGAUGAUAAUAGUGGCGCAUUGGCAAGGCCGGUAUGGCUACGUCCUGCAAAAUUUGGCGUUAUGUUACAAUAUUCCACAUAA